GUCCGCUUUCAUCCAUAUCAUCGCAGCCGCUUGUUUCGUAAAUUUCUAGUCUUAUUGCAAGGCCGCUUAGCAACGCAGUCGCCCUGAACAUGUAUUUUUAACUAUUUUUAGUGUAUUACAGCCUCUAGAGGGCUUCUAGAGUUCAAAGGUUCGUUCCAAUCGGAAGAUAUUUUAUUUUGGAAGUGAUCGUGAAAACUUCGAAGAAAAUCGAGCAAUUUUCAGUCAAUUAACCCAAAGUUCAGAAUCUGAACAAAAUGGAGAGACACAAAUGUUGUCUUCAGGAUCGUUGUAGGUUAUGUGGGAACAAGCGUACAGUAAACCUCCACCGACUCAAACCCAAAUGGAAUUAUGCUAGAGACAUAAAUCUUUCAUUGAGUGUUGAUGUGUCAAAAGAUGUUGAAGGUGUUCAUCCAAAUUUCAUCUGUGAUUGCUGCAAGAUGAAGUUACACCGUUGGCGUAAUUUUCGCAACAAGAAUAAAGAAAAAGGUAUAGCGAUAACGGUGAUGGAUUUUGUUGCACAUUCGGAUGACAGUUGUAGCAUAUGUGAGAGUACCGGGGGACCAGUUAUUAACCUGCAUAAAUUGAUGAAUGUUGGCAAGGAACUUGGUUUCCUUGUACAAGCCAAUAAUGACAAAGCCACAUUUAUAAGAAUAGUAAAUGACAUGCCAGUUAUCCGUUUACAUAUCUACAGCAAAUGCACAUGGAAUUUGAAUGUAUUUCUGUCUGAUGCAACCAACAAGUGUGCUGAAUUUGCAGAGUUCCUCACUGAUGAAAAGGCUGUGUUUUUACUUGAGUGGUUGAGUGGUAUUUCAAUUUGUUGUGGCAAUUCUGAAUUUGAAAGUCUUUGCCGUAAGGAGUCUCCGUCAAAUCUUGCAGUGUUUUGUAAUAAUUCUGGAGUUGCAGUUGCAAAAGAAGUAGUGAUAAAUGGAGAAUCAACAAUAAGGCAUGUUAACUGUCAACUGUUUGUCAGCGAUAUCGGUGGCCGUUGCCAAGUGUGCAAAAUGCACAGAACUACACUGAUGUCCAAAAAGUCAAAACUUGCAAGUAUGCAAACGGUUGUAAACACUAAUUCGCAUGCUAGAAAUGACAGAAUGAGUUGCGGUCAGCUCAGGCAGAAGUUGGCUUUGAUGUCAAAUGAGAAGAAGACUCUACAGAAGAGAGUGAAUAGCCUGCAAGAUCUUGUCACCAAGUCAUUUCAUGACAAUGGCAUUAGGUUGCAGGAGACAAUGUGCGAGUCUUUAGAAACAAUUAUGAGAGACAAUACGAAGACAGCAAAUGAAGAGUUUAAAGAGGGUACACCACAGAGGCUUCUGUGGGAACAGCAAGUUGCCGCAAAUAAAGUAGCAAAAACACAUCGCCGUUGGCACCCAGCUAUUAUCCGAUUUUGUCUUGCACUGCAUUUGAAAUCAACUGCGGCAUAUCGGAUGGUAAGGAAUUCUGGGUACCUGAUUUUGCCUCACGAAAACACUGCGAGACUAUACACAAUUUACAGAUACAAUGUCUGGAUUUAAUCCAGACAUAAUUAACCGUAUAAAGCAUGACAUUCAUUUUGACAACUUGCCCGACUUCAGAAAAAUUGUCACUUUAAGUUUAGAUGAAAUGAAAAUCAAGUCAGGCCUUGUUUAUUCAAAGAAAUCGGGAAACCUUGUGGGAUUCUGUGAUACAGGAUCUAUGUGCGAGGCAAUGAACAGCUUUGCCAGUAAGUUGGAUGACGUUGACCAGGAGCCCCAGAUGGCAUCUCAUAUGCUGUCAUUAAUGGUUCGAGGCAUGUUUUUGCCAUUGCAUGAGACAUUUGCACACUUCCCUACUCAUGGUUGCAGAAGAUACCAAUUAUACUGGAUAGUAUGGGAGGCUGUGGCAUGGCUGGAACUUGCAGGUUUUCGAGUCUGUUCCUUUGUUUGUGAUGGCGCAAGCUCUAAUCGUAAGUUCUAUCGGCAACAUGGAGAUCGUGGGUUGGAAUUUGUAUCAGAGACCAUUAAUCCAUACUCUGAAAAGGCACUGUAUUUUAUAUGCGAUGCGCCACACCUGAUGAAAACAACAAGAAAUAACCUGGAAAACUCUGGAUUCAACUCAAAAUCGAGAAACUUGCAUUUUAAUUAUCAAGAUCUGAAGUGGUCUCAACUCAUCAAUUUAGUUGAAGAAGAUAGUGGAUCUGGUGGUUUACGUAAGCUGCACAAAAUAAAACACGAGCAUCUAUACCUCACCCCAAGCUUGAGGAUGAAGGUUAAGCUGGCCGUUCAGGUAAAUACAAAAUGUUAGGGGUGGAUUUCAAUAAAAUUUUAUUGAUUUUAACUAGUGUCAUUGUUUCUUAUUUAAUCUUUAAUCAAUAAUUUGUCCCUUUAAAACCAUUUCUAUUAGGCUGCUUAAAUAUAGCAAUCAACAGCGAUUGAUAAAUACUAGAAUUUACAAUGUUAAGUUAUUUUCCAUCUAUAUUGUUUUGUUACAAUAUAACAUUUCUUUUUUAUACCUCCAUGCCUCCACUAAGGAGGUUAUGUUUUCAGCCCUGUUAAUUUGUUUGUUAGUUUGUCUGUUGUUUGUUUGUCUGUAAACAGCCUACAGGCCAGUUUUCAACAAAAACUUCUCAAACUUGGUCAUAAUGAUCCAUGACAAAAGAUCUCAAGGUGAUUAAAUUUUGAAGGGUUAUGUCAAAGGUCAAGGUCACAAUUGAUGAAAAACUACUUUCUAUAUAUAACAGCCUACAAUUUUUAUCAGAAUCUGUAAACCUUGGUCACAAUGUUCAUUGACCAACACUCUAAAUAUGAUUGAAUUUUGAAGGGACAGGUCAAGGUCACAAUCCACAAAAACAACUUCUUAUAUAUACAGUAAAACAGCCUACAGCCAACAAUUUUUAUCAGAAACUAAUCAAACUUGGUCACAAUUACACAUGACCAAAGACCCUGAGGUUA